CUAUGCAUCAGUCCAGCAGUUGCUACGAUCAUUCAAGGCCGGAGUAAGCCUCCCUCUGCCCUCCACCAUGCGCAGGGGGAGCGAAAGUGUGUCAUACUCUGUAAGGCAGUCCGCUACUUUUGGUUUACAGUUACUUUGUUGAAGGGCCGCAGCGGAGUCCCAUGCUUCUCCCCGUUUCCCCCCACCCCGGAGCCAGACCUGGACACUUCAGCUGGGACAGCAUGGUAUCAGAGAAGCCCUCUGGAGUUGAGGCAAAAGCAACCGUGAAGACUAAUGGGGAUUGUACUUCUAUGCCUUAUUCUCCUGUACAAGGCCAGCAAUGUGGAAGGGGUAUGUUCCGCUGGUAGCGCGAUGACCUGCGACGAGUGCCUACGUCUCGGUCCACUCUGCUCGUGGUGUACACAAGAGAACUUCACAGACUUCUUUUCUGUCAGUCAAAGAUGCAAUACACCACAAUCAUUGAUGCAUAUGGGGUGUGCAGAGGAAUUUGUGGAGUUCCCUGUCACCAGCACACUUAUCCAUGAAGAUGUGCUUGUUGGGCAAAGGAAUGAUAGUGACAACUUUACCCAAAUGUCACCACAGAGAAUCUCACUUAAACUACGACCAGGCAGCAAGGUCACAUUCAAAAUCAAUGUUCAGCAAACAAAGGACUAUCCAGUGGACAUUUACUACCUGAUGGACCUAUCUGCAUCUAUGAUUGAUGACCUUGAGAAGAUCAAGGACUUGGGGUCCACUCUGUCCAAGGAGAUGGCCAAGCUGACCAGUAAAUUCCAGCUGGGCUUUGGGUCGUUUGUUGAGAAACCAGUCCUCCCUUUUAUUAAAAUCACACCUGCACAGCUGGAGAACCCUUGCAGGAGUGUUGAUUCUUACUGUUUGCCCACAUUUGGAUACAAGCACGUGCUGCCACUGACCAGCAGCGCAGAGAAAUUCAACGAAAUAAUCAAAAAGCAGCGCGUGUCCGCCAAUGAGGACCUGCUGGAGUGUGGUUUCGAUGCGAUUAUGCAGGCCGCGGUCUGUGGGGAUAAAAUCGGCUGGAGAAAUGACUCCAUGCACCUGCUGGUCUUUGUCAGUGACGCAGACUCACACUUUGGGAUGGACAGCAAAAUGGCUGGCAUUGUUGUCCCCAAUGAUGGGGAGUGCCACCUGGACAACAACAAUGAAUACUCCAAGGCCACAGUCUUGGAGUACCCAACUCUUGGCCAGCUCAUAGAAAAGCUGGUGGAAAAUAACAUACUUCUGAUAUUCGCUGUGACUGAAGACAAGAAGACCAUCUAUGAGAAUUAUGCCAAUCUCAUCCCUGGAGCCACAGUUGGAGUUCUUGAAUCUGACUCACAGAACAUUCUGGAACUGAUCAUGACUGCUUAUAAAGAGCUGCGGUCAGAAAUUGACAUGGAGGUCUUGGGGGACACGGAGGACCUUCAGAUUGGCUUCACGGCCAUCUGUAAUGACGGGACCGCCCAGCCUGGACAGAAACGCUGCUCCAAUGUGAAAGUGGGGGACACGGUGUCCUUCAACGUGACAGUGGAGCUCUUGGAGUGCUUCGGGAGCCCCCGGCACUUCUCCAUCAAGCCCGUGGGUUUCCACGACGCCCUGGAGGUAGAGCUGGAGGCCCUGUGCCGCUGCGACUGUCACCGGCGGCGGGCGGCCAACAGCAGCCACUGCGGCGAGGGCCGGGGGGCGCUGGAGUGCGGGACGUGCGUGUGCCAUGCCGGGUACAUGGGCCCGCGCUGCGAGUGCACCGAGGAGAGCCUGCAGGCCAGCGACUGCAGGGCCCACCCGGGGGCCGAGAUCUGCAGCGGGCAGGGGGAGUGCUACUGCGGCCAGUGCGUCUGCCACCCCUCCAGCUUCGGACGCAUCUACGGGACCUACUGCCAGUGCGACGACUUCUCCUGCCCCAGGUUCCACGGGAAACUCUGCGGAGGCCACGGGCACUGCAUGUGCGGGGAGUGCUCGUGCCACAGCGGCUGGACGGGGGAGUACUGCAACUGCAGCAGCAGCACGGACGCCUGCGUCGCCGAGGACGGCGAGCUGUGCAGCGGCAGGGGGAAGUGCGUCUGCGGGAGAUGCGUGUGCUCGGUCCCGGGGGCCUCCGGGGACACCUGCGAAAGGUGCCCCACCUGCGGGGAUUCCUGCAGCACCUCCAGGGGCUGUGUCGAGUGUCACCUCCAAGCAAAGGACUCUCCCGAGGAGUGUCACCACAAGUGCGGCGUCAUUCACACCUACGUCAACUGGACCACAGAAUACGAUGAGAGCCAGUCGAUCCUCUGUACAUUGAAUGGCGAGAACGACUGCCUCAUCUCUUUUAUCAUCACUCCUGGGCCACAUGGAAACACCGUCUAUGACCUCAAGCUAUCCGACUGUCCGGAGCCGCCAAACAUACCGAUGAUAGUGCUGGGAGUGUGCCUCUCCAUCCUCACCAUUGGAAUCAUUCUGCUGGGAAUAUGGAAGCUGCUGGUGUCCUUUCACGACCGGAAAGAAGUCGCUAAAUUUGAGGCGGAGAGGGCCAAGGUGAAGUGGCAGUCGGGCACGAAUCCACUUUUUAGAAGCUCAACAUCAACAUUUAAAAAUGUAACGUAUAAAAGCACAGGGAAACAAAAAGUUGACAUUUCAGUGGACAAAUACUGAACUUCCACACUGUAUUUGGUGAAUGUGUAUUCUGGAUUAAGAAGCUGAGUGCACUAGUUGGGCGUAUUUUCCCAACCUGUGCAGACUUGUGUACUGUAUGGUUGCACUGUGUGUUUUUGUGAAUAUCCUCAAUGCAUUACUUUACAACAGGAAAACAUUUUCCUUUCAGACUUACUGUGUUUUCAGGGAAAAUUCAGUUCAAAAGCAAUGAGAUAAUAUGUAUGCUUUUAUUCAAUGUGGAUUGUUCUAGAUUUUGCUGCUUGAAAAUGUAAAAAAAAAUACUACUGAUCAUAAUAUUUAACUGAACACUGGACUACUCUUAUUCUGUUGUUUUUGUACGUUUACAGUUUUACUUGGACGCAGUUACAGUACACUGAAGAUGUGUAAUUUUGGUUUGUUUUUAAGGAUUGUGAAAGUGAAAAUAUUUAGAAAUAUAAUUUGUUUUGUUUGUUUUCACGAGGCUGAGCCUUGAACUGUUUUACACUGUAAUUUUUUAUUUGGGCUAAUAAAGUUUACAUUGGCUGUU